AUGGUACGUAUUCACACCACGUUCUUCGGUCCCAACGUCGAUUCCUCCAGAGUCGCAAAAGCAACAAAUAUGAGGUUCUUGGCGACAGUGCUCCUGGCGGCCCUUGCUUGCGCUUCAGUCGAGAAGCGAGAGGCGGACGCCGACCCUAGCUUCCCCAUCUACGGCCAUGGUUAUGGCUACCCUGCCUAUUACCAAGGCUACGGCUACCCAUACAGUUAUGGCCUCCGCCACAAGAGGUCCGCUGAUCCUGAACCCGAAGCCGAUGCCGACCCUUCGUUCUUGUACAAUCACUACCGCCCCUACUCUGUAGGCUAUAGCUACGUUCGACCUUUCACCUACGGUCACUCCCACGCCCUCCAUAGGAGAUCGGCCGAACCAGAAGCUGAAGCCUCCUUUGUUCACCCACACAGUUACUCCUACACCCACACCGCUCCUGUCGUCACCUAUGGUUAUCCCUACAGCUACGGUUAUGGCUACCGCAGUGGCUAUGGUUAUUAA